GUUUCCCUUCUCUAUCAUUUAAAGUUUUGCAUUCUUUACCUUUUAUUAACGCAACUAAUCGAACGCAUUUUCCUUGUUGAGCGUGUACCACGUUUCGUGUCGUAAGACUUAAAGAAUGCGUUACGUGGCCGCUUAUCUUUUAGCUGUUUUAGGAGGGAAAACUUCUCCUAAUCAAAAUGAUAUUGAAAAAAUUUUAUCAUCCGUUGGAAUUGAAACAGAUGGUGAAAAACUUAAAAAAGUUAUCGCAGAACUAAAUGGAAAAUCAAUAGAAGAACUUAUUUCACAAGGAAUGGAAAAAUUAUUAUCUAUGCCAGUUGGCGGUGGUGUUGCAGUUAGUGCAGAUGCUGCACCAGUUGGAGGUACUACUGCUCCAGCUGAAGAAAAGAAAGAAGAGAAGAAACCAGCAAAAGAAGAAUCUGAAUCAGAAGAUGAUGAUAUGGGUUUCGGUCUUUUCGAUUAGAUGAUUCAUAAAAAUAUCUGUAUAAUAACUAUUUGUAAAAUCUAUAUUAUACAGUUUUGACAAGAUUACUCGAAAUAAAUUGUAUUUUUAAUUUA